CAGUUGGUCACGUGGUUGUUCGGAGCGGGCGAGCAGAGUUAGUAGGGCUUUACUGCAGAGCGCGCCGGACACUCCAGCGACCGUGGGGAUCACCGUAGGUGAGCUGUGGCCUUUUGCGAGGUGCUGCAGCCAUAGCUACCUGCGUUCGCUGCGAGGAUUGAGCGUCUCCACCCAGUAAGUGUGCAAGAGGCGGCAGGAAGUGGGUGCGCAGGGGCGUAAGGCGCACAGCCUCUAGACGACUCGCUUUCGCUUCGGCCAACCUCUGAAGCCGCGUCCUACUUUGACAGCUGCGGGGCCGCGGCCGGGUCUUCUGUGCUUCACCAUCUACAUAAUGAAUCCCAGUAUGAAGCAGAAACAAGAAGAAAUCAAAGAGAAUAUAAAGAAUAGUUCUGUCCCAAGAAGAACUCUGAAGAUGAUUCAGCCUUCCGCAUCUGGAUCUCUUGUUGGAAGAGAAAAUGAGCUGUCCACAGGCUUGUCCAAAAGGAAACAUCGGAAUGACCAGUUAACAUCUACAACUUCCAGCCCUGGGGUUAUUGUCCCAGAAUCUAGUGAAAAUAAAAAUCUUGGUGGAGUCACCCAGGAGUCGUUUGAUCUUAUGAUUAAAGAAAAUCCAUCCUCUCAAUAUUGGAAAGAAGUGGCAGAAAAACGGAGAAAGGCGCUGUAUGAAGCACUUAAGGAAAAUGAGAAACUUCAUAAAGAAAUUGAACAAAAGGACAAUGAAAUUGCCCGCCUGAAAAAGGAGAAUAAAGAAUUGGCGGAAGUAGCAGAACAUGUACAGUAUAUGGCAGAGCUACUAGAGAGACUGAAUGGUGAACCUCUGGAUAACUUUGAAUCACUGGAUAAUCAGGAAUUUGAUUCGGAAGAAGAAACUGUUGAGGAUUCUGUAGUGGAAGACUCAGAAAUUGGCACAUGUGCUGAAGGAAUUGUAUCUUCCUCUACGGAUGCAAAGCCGUGUAUAUGAAAUGCAUUAAUAUUUGACUGUUGAGAAUUUUACUGCCGAAGUUUACCUCCACUAGUUCUUUGUAGCAGAGUACGUAACUACAUAAUGCCAACUCUGGAAUCAAGCUUCCUUGUUUGAAUCCUGGGACCCUAUUGUAUUAAAGUACAAAUAGUAUGUAUUUUUAAUCUAUGAUGGUUUAUGUGAAUAGGAUUUUCUCAGUUGUCAGCCAUGACUUAUGUAUAUUACUAAAUAAACUUCAAACUCCUGUUGAACAUUGUGUAUAACUUAGAAUAAUGAAGUAUAAGGAGUAUGUGUAGAAAA